AAGCCUGUGUGUCUUCUUGUGGUGAGGAGAAUGAAGGCCUAAGCUUUGAUAUAGUGUGGUGCUUCACUGACUUGAAGGCAAUAACGCUAUCAAGACUGAAGUGCCCCGAGGAAAAGUCAUCUGGACGUUGCUCGGCUUCAUCGUGAGAGGAUUACCAGAUCACCAUAGGGAGUGAAAGCUUAUUUUGUUGAGAUAUACGUUAAAACAAGGAUCCGCUAUGGUGAUUCAACCGGAGAACAUAGACCUAUUGAAAACUUGGCUCAAGAGUUGUCUCGUUGUGUCUUACGGUUGGGGAAGUGACUGCGACAACUUGACGAAAUAUGUUGUGGCCUUAGUGAGAAAAGCGAAAACUACCGAUGAUUUGAAGAAACAAUGUGGAAGCAACCUAGAGGUUUUCUUCAGAGACAACACUCAGAAGUUUGUGACGGAGUUGUGCGGAUGUAUAGAGAGCAAAUCUUAUAUGCAACCCUACGGCUCGCCGGCCGCAGCGCUCGUUGAGAAGCUAGAGGAUGUUGCUUUUAUUGUUGACAAAAAACCCGAUCCCAUGCUCAAGGAGCGAGAGCGAUCUCGGAGUCGGAGCCCCAGGAGGAAAUCUAGAUCUCCGAAGCGAUCUAGAUCUCCUCCAUCGAGACGAUUUCGGAGUCGAUCUCGUUCUCGAUCAAGGGAGCGUCACAGACGGAAGCGCUCGCGUUCGCCAAGACGGAGACGCUAUUCCCGAUCGAGGUCCCCUCCUCCAGCUUCUAACUCGGCGGCAGCGACCACGAGUGCGGCUUCGAGGCGAACUCCGCCGCGGGAUUUACGCGAUACCUUAAUUCGUAAACAGUGCGGACCCCAACCCGGCAUGCCACCUAGACAGCGCUGCCGAGACUUCGAUGAACAAGGAUUCUGCAUCCAAGGAGAAUUGUGUCCGUUCGACCACGGGAGCGAUCCGGUAAUUUUGGACUCGACGGUCCCGCCGCCUUACAACCCCAUGAGGGGUCCGGUCGCUCCGGUGGUCCCAGAGUACAACCCCAUGGAGCCGGAAAUGCGACAUCCACCUCCGAGUUUCAACAACUGGAACUAUCAACCAGGUCCGCCGGCCGGGGGGCCGAUGGGCAUGAACCACGGUCAUCAUCGAGAGGCGAUGAGCACCGUGAGAAACGUGACUCCCUUACCGAGGUCGAACGUCGGAGCGCAAGGCGAUGUACAGAAACCGAGGUUCCAACGAGGUACAGAGCUCGAAGUUCGAAAAAUUCCCCGGGCUCAAAAUAAUAUCGCAACCCUGAACGAGUUCUUCUCCAAGUUCGGAACCGUCACGAACAUUCAAGUAAACUUCCAAGGCUGUCCCGAAAGCGCUCUGGUCAGUUUUUCGAAUCACGGCGAAGCGAACGCAGCGUACAGAUCUCCAGAAGCAGUGCUGGGAAAUCGCUUCAUUCGUCUCUUCUGGCACAACACGUCGUCUGGAAACGUCCAGCAAUCGAACCAAAACCCACACUGGAUGAACAACAACAAUAACAAUUCCGGUUCAUUAGCGCACAGACAUCCAGCUCCUCCCGGCGCGUUGAGGGACAUCCAAGGCGGGGGCAAACAGCACGCGAGAAAAGACGACGGACCUCCCGCGAAAAAAAUGGCCAAACCCAACCCCGAGUCAAUGAAGAAAGACAACCAAGCUGAGAAAUCCAAGCAAUUCGUUCAUCAGAAAGGCCAUCUCAUCGAUCAGUAUCUCGAAAAGCAGCGAAUACUCAAAGAAAAACUGGAGAAAUGUCAGACGGAAGGAGAAAAAGAAGAGAUCCAGCAUCUCAUCAAAAACCUAUCCGACAUUGUAGAGAGCUUCCAAUCGAAAACGACCAGCGGCCCCCUGAUGUCAGAGAUUCAGACUGAAAAGGAGCUGCUGGACGCCGAGCUCGAUGUCUACCGUCAGAUCCAGGAGGGUACGCCAGCCGAGUCGAAAGAAAUCAAGUUCAAGCUGAAUGCAUUGCGUCGCCGAGCGAAGACCCUCGGCUUGAUCGACAGCGCCAACGCAUGGCACGGCAAAAUGGCUCACAAAAAUCUCCUCCUGGCGCACCAGCCGAAACCCAAACUUCAGCCCGCCCAGCUGCAACUCGAUAAACGCACGAAAGUCGUGGCGGUUCAGGCUGGCGACCUGGAAAUGGCCGGUCUAUGUAAGCACUUUUCGCGUUUCGGGAAAAUUCUCAACGUCACCGAAGAGGGCGUGGGUGCGGAAAAAGUAUUCGUGUUCACUUUCGCGACGAGGAAGUUCGCCGAGACGGCUGUCAACAGGGGUUCGCACUUUCGGGGAAUCACUCUCAAAUGGAGCUGGAAACAAGAAGAGGAGCCUGCUUCGAACUCCGAACUGAGUCAUCCCCCUCCGACCGGGAACGAUCAGAAGAAAGCCAUUAGCGAAAUUGAUGCUAGUCACCGAGAUUCGUCAGCGAUUGGAGAAUCUGAUGCCCUUCUCGCAGAAGACGAUGAGGCCGAAGAUGAGGAAGGCCCUCGUUCGUGGAGACAUUAAUCGUCGUUCCGACAGGGAAACCGACCACCGACGUGCAUGCUCGUCGGAUUCACGAUGGACGACGACUAUUCGGCAACUCACUCGACGUAUGUUCCGCGUUCGGGACGGAGAGCUCGAACGUUGGCGACCUCCGACACCGUCAUCUCCAUCCAUCCAUCAAC